AACAGGACCUAGUUUCAUAUGCAUCUCUUUUGGAAUGAUAUCUAAAUCUAGUUAACUUUGUUACCAUUUCGUUUUGGAGAUGCAUGUAUAAGACAUAAUUCGUUCAAUAUGAAACAUGUUUUAAGGAAUCCUUCAUCAAGGGUUGUGGAUGAUCGAUUUUUCUCAAUCUUUAUAACUUUCUACUAUGGAACCAAGGUUGCCCAUUUCAAUUCUUGUGCUUUCUUAAAUUGCAUAGCUGUACUAGGGUUCAAGUUUGGAUUGAAUUCAGAGUUGAACAUCCCUCUCAAAAACAACGAUAUGAAGUGGUCUAUAAUUUACCGAGUACUCAGUAUGAUUCACACUGACACAUUCUUGUAUAAUCCAGUGUAGACCGGGCAAAAUAAUUGAAGCGAAAAAGGGUAGAAGUCACAAUUUUUUUUCUUUUUCUGAGACUUUAGGAUAAAGCUUGGUUGUUGUUGUUGUUUUCUGAGAGAUUUGCAGGAGCUGAAGGAUUUUGAGAAAAUGAAAGAAUUCAACCUCGACCUUCUCAAGAAAAUGAAAAGCGAGCAUCACCGAACUCAAGAAGCAUCCAGAUAAGUGUUACUAAGUUCCAUCACUCAACCAGAUCACUAGAAAUUAGUGACAAAUAUAGGGAAGAAUUGUCUAAAAAUUUCGACAGUGAAGGCAGCAGAACUUGAAAUUGAGACCUCAAAGAAAAAGAGGAAAGUUUCAAGCUCUAAUUUUCAGAAUCAUAGUGACGUUGCCUUUUAUUUAACUCACUUGUUCUUUGGAUCUUCUGGCAUUAUUAGUAAUUCUGGAGAAUGUUGAAGCGAUAGUAGAAUUGCAUUGAUUUGUAGGCCUUAUAAGUUUUUUUUACAGUUGAACAUAGCCAUAGGCUAGUGACUAUAUGUAACCAAAUAUUAGGUUUCAUAUUGCUUGCUCCUAGUUGAGUUUAAGAGGAAAAAUUCCACUUUCUAACAUGUUUAGAUAUACUUUUCUUUCUUGUAAUUGUAAAUUUCUUACUUUUUAUGUAAUUUCUACUACACUAUACUUUUCUUUCUUGUAAUUGUAAAUUUCUUACUUUUGAUGUAAUUUCUACUACACUAUGUGUAAAAGAAAAAAUAAAGAGCUUUGGGAUCGUAACUUUGCAAGGUUACCAUUUAAUAUCUUUCUAUUUAAAUUGUGAAAACUUGAUUGUUAUACUACAAAGAAGUUCUAGCUUUAUACUUUUAGAGGUCUAACUUAGGAAGUUACAUAACAGAGUAGCUGAAUGAUAGAGAAUAUACUCUCUCACACCUUACCAGUCGUGACAGAUCUGCAUUGCAUUUGCAGAGUAUUAGGGUUUAGUGUUUAUUAUACAAGCAUCAUAUCUCUACAUAAUCAUAAACCUGGGAGACCUCAAGCUUGAAUUUUUAUGUUGCUCUUAGCUGCAUACUUCACCAGAAGAUUGUUGAUUAAAAAACUUAAUCGUAAUAUUGGGUGAGGGGUUUAAGUUUCAAACUCUAGCUUGAUACUUCAUUAGGCCAAAGAGAAUUUGCUUUAAGUGAAUAAAAUCAACCAAUCUAUAAGUUUCAGCUAUUUGCUUAAGGUUGAAAUAUGGGUUUAAAGUUUAAAAGGUCUAUAACUUAAAAGUGUUUCCGAUUCUGCAAUGAUAACUAUUCUAUUGGUGCACGGUCUUAUCACACAGAAUUGGAUUCUACUUCAGCCUCCCUCUAUAUACGAAUUGAUAAGAAUUUAUGGGGCCAACUAUGGUGAGAUCUCUGCCAACAAUUUGGAUGGAGAUUUGAAAUGGGAUAUUGAUUUGAUACUUGAAAGAUGAGGAGGACAUACUCUGUCCAUGAGGUGUCAGCUCAUUGGUAGACAUGCGCUAAAGAGCAUCCGCAAUCAAUUUAAUCCACUGCUGCAAGGUGUUGGCUAGCUUAGUGGCUGAUCACCGGAUUGCAUAAAAGCUUCAGGUUAAAGAUUUAAUGGAAUGAGGUAGGACUAAUAUUGAAAGGGGAUACCCCAUCUUUCCAUGUUAAAGUUCUUGGAACACUGGAAAAAGGUGCUGACAGGUGGCACAUCUGCAUGAAAAAUAAUAAAGUUGAAGUUUCAAAUGAAAGUGCAACGUCGCAAACCCUACGCCUUCAUUUGUUCGGCCGUUUCUCUUUUACUCAGGUAAGUGAAUCGAAUACCCUAAUGUAAUCAUCGUAUUUAGUGGAUCUUAUUAAUGUUUGUUGUUUGUGAUUUCUCUAAUUUCUUGUGUUCGUUUAUCUUCCCUUGCAUGUAGUUCACUCCUUUUGAUAUAAUUAAUCUCUGUUGAUUGAUUCGGAAUGAAAUGAGUGGAAUUAAUGUCGGAUUCUGUGGGGGGGUUCCACUUUGAUGAUAAUUGUUAACAAGGUUUUAAUUGUGUUGUGGUCGCGGUGCUAUUGGUUGCGACAAGGUCUUAAUUGUGGUUAUGGUUGUGUUGCGGCCGUUGUAAGCUGAUUCAAAAAUUUGACUUAUGCUCAGUUUGGAGGCUACAAUAGUACUUUGACUUCUUUCAUGUAUUGAUAUCAGUUAUAUCUGCGAUACCAAUUUUCUCUUGGAUAUCUUACCUGUAAAUAUCCGUGAAGUAUCCGAGUUUUAUUUUUUCUUUCUGAAACAUAAUUAUCUAAUUCUAAUGCAGACUUUUUCAUCUGUCAAUUUCUUUAACUUGAGUCACAAUGAUUUUCAUCUUUUGUUCUCUGUGCAAGUGCUAAUGUCAAUACAAUAUUUUUGUGUGAUUGUAUUUAUGUGUCCAUUUAAACAGCUCUAUUCUCAUCCUGUACGUAUCAGUCCAUUUCAAUGCAUGACUCUUUUCAUUGAUAAGUUGAUGCAUGUUUGUACUAAUAAAAGUUUAAAGUAUAUUUUUUGUUUUGCAAUUAUGUUUGCUUUAUAAUUAUAGUAUUCAAUUUAAUUAGAUUUUUAUUCCAAAUCUGAAAUAAACAAUAUCCAAAGCAUUGUGUUCUAGUUUUAUAAAGUAAUGUAUAAGGAAUACAUUGUUAGUUUGGAUUUUUUAAAUUACAACUAUACAUUUAUGAGAUUUUAUGAUUUUGUCUUUAUCAAUUCUGUGUAUGUAUCUUUAGAUGCAUCUUAUUACAUUUUUUAAGUAUAUGCAUAUAGUUGUAAUGAAAAUGUGUUGUAUCAUAUCUGAUACUUGUAUUAUGAGUAUGCAUCAUACAUGCUCCUUCUCUCACUCAACAAAUUUUUGCACUCAGAUAUUCUUCUAUGCAUUUUACUCUCUUCUAUCAUGGAGUCUGACAAGUCCCAGUCAGUGACGCUGAGGAGGUACCAUGGUCCAGUAGCCGGUGUGAAAGUGUUGGUUGUGGAUGCUAAUUCGGCAUGCCGAACAAUUGUAUCAAAAAUGCUUAUUUCACUUGGAUAUGAAGUUAUGACAGCUUCACUAGCUUCCGAUGCAUUAUCCAUUAUCUGUGAGAAGAAGAAUGAGGUUAACCUUGUGCUUGUGGAGGUUCAGUUGCCAGACAUGGAAAUAUAUGAGCUCAUCGAGAAAAUGGGAGAAAGCUCUAAUCUCCCGUCUUUCAUUAUGACUGCUUAUGAUGAUGACACUCCUUCCAUAUCACGGGCUCUUGGUUUUGGAGCCAAGUGGUGUUUUAGAAAGCCAGUUCAGAUUUCUGAUCUACAUGACCUUUGGCGAUUUGCAGUGUGGAACCGAUAUGAAACAACAGUCACUGAAGCAGUACCUGACUUCGUGUGGCGUCUGUCAGAUGUGAUUAUGGCAACCAAGGGUCUCGCAUGCCAACCAUCCAUGAAUACAGGAGAACGAUCUCGCCAAAAUGCAAUUGGUCUAGAAGGCCAACCAUCCUUGAAUGCAGGAGAAAAGACUCUCCGAAGUGCAAAUGGUAAAGAACAUGAAUUUCCUGAUAAUGAUAACUCAGUACUCCUGAACAGGAAAAGGAAAAGCUGGACCGAUGAUUUACAUAGGAAAUUCUUGGAAGCUGUUGAAAUAGCUGGAAUCGAUGCUGGUUCGAAGACAAUAUUCCAGAUUAUGAAUGUGGAAGAGUUUACCAAAGAGAGUGCGUCAAACUAUUUACAGAGAUAUCGUCAAUCUAUGAACCUACGUGCUACUGCAAUGGAACAGCAUGUGAAUGGAUAUGUGUCUCGGACUAACAAAAGUCAAGGAAAAUGCCCUUUAGAAAAACAAGUUUUGAUCAACGAUCCGAAGGAUCUCAGUAAUUUUGUGCCUGUGCAUAUUCUUGACACUUCUGCAACUUUUCUUCCCUUGGAAAGCUCAAGUUGUCAGGAGUCACCUUUCAGUCAAAAUCAGCUGUCCCUGCCAUUGGAACAGCAAGGUGUUGCGCACACCACAUCCAGCCUUGGUAGGUUUAUAAACCGUGUUAAUGAUGAUGUAUCUGAAAAGAUCAGCCAGGUUUUUAAUACAGAAGAUGGAGAAGUUUCUAAUGCAGGACAACAGUUGAAUUUUUCAACACCGCUGACCUUUGACAUGUGCGAACCAUUAUGCACGGUGCUACCUAUGCCACCACUACCACCAGAUGAAAAAGCAUACUAUGAUAAGUUUUUUUAUGCAAAAGGAACUCAGCUGUUUACUGAUGAGGAUUUGAAAAUGUGGUUAUCAACGAUUCGAGGUAUGAACAUGCCAGUAAUGUUUCAUUGCGCCUGCGCUCGGGCCGCGAGCACGAGCAAUGUGAAUGCUGUUGCUUGAAGAUGUGGAAGGAUGGCAAGACAAUAAGGAUUCAAUAAUUUCUUUUUUUCUGGAACUUUUUCGUUGGGAAUUUGGUCUUUAUAUAUAUCGGCUUUUGCUGGUUUUGAUUUAAGUUGUUGCAUUGAAUAACGACAAGGUCAACAACAACAGUGAUACUUGUUUGCUUAUAUAUUAUGAAAACUAACAUGCAGUGGCAUUCUGUUCUUAAUAUAUAUCCAUUCUACA